CUGUUUACACCACCCCCCUAUCCCGUACAAGGCGUCUGUUUUGUGACCGUGGAUACCAUGGUGUGGGAAGUGGUGACUCCGAUGUCCAGUGUAGUUAAAGAAACCAGGAGUGACUCAGACACUGAACAAACAGAGAUGAUGGCUGUCGAUGAUGAUGAACAGUCAAGAGACCUGCUUCACUGUGAGGAGCACUUUUCCUCCUCUCCAACGAUACCAACCAGCGAUACCUACAUAGAAUAUGAUGACUUGCCUGAGCUACAGCAGGUCCCAGAGGAGACCCCCCUCGUAUUUCAGAUGGAAGCCGGAGUGUCCCAUCAAGAGCUGACCUCUGACCCUGACACACAGAGACUGACCCAGCUUGCUUUGAUUGCUACCGGACCACAAAGCCCCCUGUUGCAGGAAACAACACACGGCAGUUCAUCUUCUUUCAAGUGCAAUAGAGAUCUUCAUUCAUAUGCUAGGCCUUUGCCUGAGCCCCACUGCAGUUUGUCUCCCUCUAGAGGCUGUGGCAGGGAGCGCAGACCCAGCAGGACAAGCAGUGAGUGUGGCUCUGCAGUAUCGACCCGCUCCUCUCUCUCUGACGAUGAAGACAUGGGCUGGAACUUCUCCUGGCCCCCCACUGUGUGGCACUGUUUCAUCAAAGGCACUUGGUUACGUUUCCUUAGCAACAAUAAACAUGACUGGCAGGACAUUGAGGACCUGAAGAGUGACAAACUGUCUGAAGAAGAGGAACAAACAUUUAGAAGUUAUGGCUCAGAGGGACUGCAGCUGAUGGAACAUUCAGAGACAGUGUCAUGUGACCAGCCUGUUCUCGAGUUGACCUUUAACCCCGGGCCGUUUGGACACAGUUUCCUGACAGCGCGAUGCCAACUUGACCACCCGUUCUACGUCAAAAACAAAGGCUGGUCUUCAUUUCACCCGAGCCUGACCGUGGUGCAUUAUGGGAUACCAUGCUAUGACAUGGAGGUGGGAGAUGUGUGUUUGCCUCCGGGACACAGAGACGCCAAACACACGGACGACUCCCCGGUGCUGGAUACUUUCAGGAGUUACUCGUUUACCCCCCUGGACUCUUCAGCGGUGUAUGUGCUCAGCAGUAUGGCCCGACGGAGGAGAGAGUCUCAGUCUAGCUCUGAUACAGUAUCGCCAGACAGAAACACUGCACAUGGCUCAGGCAGACCAGGCCCCUCCCACUCUCCUCAUCACAAACCAAACAGAGGCCAGAACACAGAACCACCAGGAAGCAACGUUGCUACAUCCUCUAAGAGUAAACGACCGAUGAAUGCCUUCAUGUUGUUUGCUAAAAAGUACCGGGUUCAAUACACGCAGAUGUAUCCGGGCAAAGACAACAGAGCCAUCAGUGUGCUGUUGGGGGAGCGGUGGAAAAAGCUGUGCAGUGAGGAGCGCAGAAUCUUCACGGUUCAGGCCAAAGCUUUAGCUGACGAGCAGAGGAGGAUCAACCCUGACUGCUGGAAACGCAAACGCACCAACUCUGGCUCACAAGCAAACUGAACCAUAUAAAGAGGUGAAUUUUAAGAUGGCUGUGUUAAAAUUCAUGCAGCCAGUCCUACAGUUUCCUCCACAGAUUUUUCUAUUAACUAUAGUGAUUGUUCCUUAUUUUUAAAUGGUGUUUUGCUUCAAUCAGGGGAAUCUUUUUGUAAAUAUUGGUGCUAUACCCUUUGAAACAACUUGAUU